UUAUUUUAAUUUUUUAAGAUUAAGAUUAGAUAUUAAGAUGGCGUGCAGACCACUGUCUCCCCUUUUGCUCUCUUCAUUUUCCAUUCGUAGACGCCAAGAACCCUAACAGAUCAAAACAAAGAAGCUGAAACCUUUGGGGUAUGAGGUUUUGCAUGUCUACAUUUAUGGGAUUUGUGUAAUUUACCCCCUUUUCUGGUUUGACUUUAUCUGAGCUGAAACAAUGGCAAGUUUUUAGGAGAAUGCAGUGGACCUGGAUAAUUUGUGAGGAUAUUUAACAUCGUGUACAUUGUGCUCCUUUAAUUAUUUUCAUCAGUUGGUGUUGUGAUGGAUGGUGAUAAUGGUCUUAACAUACGUAAUUGGGGUUACUAUGAACCCGCUACGUCGUUUAAGAGCCACCUGGGGCUGCAGCUGAUGUCAUCCUUGCCGGAAAAACCUUUAAUUGGAGGGCGCAAUGCUGUGGUUUUAGCUGGCACUGAUGGGGCAUUUCACCAUAGGGACAUUGGUGGUAUGCCCCAAGCUACAUACCCUAUCGAAUACAUGAGGGAUACAUGGAUUAGUCAGAGAGACAAAUAUAUGAAUAUGAUACCUACAAACCAUAAUUAUGGUGGUAUUCCGGAGACAUCUUCAGCACAUCAAAUUCAAAUGAUUCAAGCACCGGAAUUGCCAAAGGAAGAAAAGCCAGUGGAAGAAGCACCUGUCGUCAAGAAGGCAAAUGGAACUCGUAAGAAAAGACAGGGGCCCAAGGUUCCCAAAUCUCCCAAGGCUAAGAAGCCAAAGAGGGUGCCUCGUGCGCCAAAGGAUGAGAAUGCUCCUGCAGUUCAACGUGCAAGGGUUCCGAAGAAAACUACUGAAAUUGUAAUAAAUGGGAUUGAUAUGGAUAUUUCUCGCAUUCCAAUUCCAGUUUGUUCAUGCACCGGGGCAACGCAACAGUGUUAUAAAUGGGGAUCUGGUGGUUGGCAGUCUGCAUGUUGCACAACAGGCAUGUCGGUAUAUCCUUUGCCUAUGAGUACCAAGCGGCGUGGUGCUAGGAUUGCUGGAAGGAAAAUGAGUAUAGGAGCAUUUAAGAAAGUGUUAGAGAAACUCGCCGCCGAGGGUUAUAACUUUUCUAAUCCGAUUGAUUUGAGGACUUAUUGGGCAAAACAUGGCACCAACAAGUUUGUCACCAUCAGGUAGAUCUAGUCUGUGGCCAUCUGGCCUGUUAUGUCUUUUAGCCUGUUUGUGAUGUAUAUACAUGCGUAUUUGGCCAGAGACAGACUUUUUAGCUGGUUUGUAGUACAACAAUUUUCAAAUUCAUUAGACAUCUUGUUUUGUCUUCUAACUCUCUUUGUUAGUAUCUUCACUUUAUUGGAUGUAGUACAUGGGAACUCAUCUAUCGGUUGGUUGGUUCAGAUUGGGAACUACCUGAUGAGGUCUUGUUUUAUUAAUAUUUAGUAGGAGAAUUUAAUUGGUUCAUAAA